ACGUAACACUACUACGAACGAGUCAUCUACGACGACUCUGAUCCGUCGGCCCAUCUAUUCCUGGCAGUGUAGUGCUCGCCUCCGUCAAGCUCCUGUCUUGUCGUCUUACGCUAGUUAUCCUGAUCACUUUCUCUAGUUUCAUCGCUAAUUGCUACUCAACCGACUGAUUUGUCAGUCGGAUAUUCUUGCAAUGCACCUGCGACAGGUGGCCCCGAGACGAUAAAUCGCGUUGUACUUCUUCACGUAUCUCCACAUACGUUUAACGAAUCGUCAGCUGAUUGGCAAACUUUCCUCAUCGGUUUGUUUGAAAUUUUCGGUUGAAAUAUAUGAGAAGCUCUUUGGAAAACGACGCUUCAACAGUAUUAUCUCAAACUGUGGAAUGUGAUACAAACCGAAUAUCACUGUCAGAGUCAAUUGCACUUGCCAACUCUGUUUGCCAGCGGACAUUGAUACCGAAGGUUAUGUCCUAAUUCUGAUCUUAUCAUAUGCACAAACAUUGACUUUGUAACCUUUACUAGAAAUUAAAAAAGUCCUUGUAACUGACGGAAUAUGCAAAAUGUAAAAAAAAAAAUAUCACGUUACUCAUUUCAACAAAAUACAUAAGUAGUAAGUCACUAAUCAAUUUUUAAUCAUUUGUACACAUUUAAUAAUUAUCCCAAGAAAGAAGUUUUUUUAUGUUUUUGCAUAAAUUAUGUAAAAGCAAAAUCACAUAUUGAUUAUAAUUACAACAAGAACUUUACCAAUGACCAUAAUCUUAUUCCGGUUAUUUCUGGUCAGUUAGUAUAAUAGUGCACGCUUAUGUCAUAAUCGUUGAUAGCAGAUAAUUUCACAGUGUUACGAUUUAUGCGUGAUACGAUCGACAGCGGCUGUCGAUUAUGCAUACGCGCUAUCGAAUAUGCGACGAGUCGACGCGUCGUCGAUAAGAAAGGUCGUGGCCAUUGUAGGAGUUCAUCGUUGAUCGACAAAGUUCGUUUAAUGCAGUGAUAAAAUUCGUCGAUCGCGUGCACGACGAUCUCUCUUUCUCUGUUUUUGUCGUUGGUGUCAUCACUGGAUGUAAAACGCGUUCGGAAAAAAUAAUCUCCUGCAAAAGCAGUAAUCUCAACUGCUGUCCAUCGGGAGUAAUCCGUCGAAGUCAUCCGCGCAAUUCUUUGUCCUCACGCGAAUGUAGCAGUGCGAACAAGUUCGACGUGUGCUUAAGACCCGGACUGUUGGUGCGUGAACGUCAUUGUUCGUUGUUAACAACACGAUCUUCUGUAUUACGCCUUCGCAGGUCAUUGUCGUACUGCUCUAGAUUCCUUUUCCCUAGAUCUAUUGUCCGUUAUCGUUGCUGAGACUUGUGGCGAAUCACUUGAGUAAAGUGUCAGAGUGACGCGGAAAACAAUUCCAUUCGGUUUAAUUGUGAUAUGUGAUGAAAACUGUGUCAAACGUAAAUAGCGCGCAUCGCGAGAAAACUGUAGAAAAACUGGAAACUUCAAAAUAUGCGCGGCGUAAUUGCGUGACGAUCUGGCGUGACAUUCGUGAGCAUCGCUCGAGUUUGGGAGUGAAUGAGACUGUAUAUAGGAACUGUAUGAGACUAAACAUGGUGAGCACAAAUUCGCCCGUAGGGGCGGCCACCCUCAAUCGAAUGAGGAAUACGUUUUGCGGAAUUCCGAAAGCCGAAAUUGAACGUAGGAAUAUUGCACUCCUUCAAGCCAUGACGAUAGAGGAACUUUAUACCGCGCUAGUGCGUAUGGCCCAACACCAAAUUGGCUUCGAUGUGACCAAUGAGUGUAGUCAGGAAACUCUUCUGAAUCAUUUACAAAGUGCUUUCAAAGUCGACAACGAAACACACGAGAGAAUAUUGGAGGAAACGCAAAAUCUCGAGCCACCCGAAUUGCACCUCAACGUUGAAGUGAUCGAAGCCAAAGAACUAGUCUCCAAAGAUUCUAAUGGUAAAAGCGAUCCCUUCUGUGCUCUUUAUCUCGAAUCGGCGCCAACUAGAAGGUACAACACCGCAGUAAAAACGUGCACUCUCAGUCCAAUCUGGGAAGAGCACUUCGAAUUGCCAUUGGAAGAUCCUGAAAACGACGUUUUGUGCCUCGAAGUAUGGGAUUUUGACGCAGCUGAAACUGUUCCCGAAAAAAUGAGUAAAGUUAAGGAUGUAAAGGGUGUUCGUGGCUUGUUCAAAUUAGCCAAGGAAAUUGCAGUGACAGCUACAACUGGUAGUCAUGACAAUGAAUUCAUUGGCCAAUGUAAGAUACCGUUAAAGGAUAUACCAACGACAGGGCAUACUAGUUGGUACGCUCUCGAGAAGAAGAACAAAACCAAACGCCGAGGCGUCGUAAAGCUUCGAUUAGCCUUCAGUGCGGAACAUAACGCGCAAGUGGCUGCACAAGAACAUCGACACUUGCUGAGAGUGUUGUUACUUCACGAAAUUGAAACGGAAAAGAUCGAGAAGUACUGUUGGUCUGGCCGUUGGUCGGGACCAGCCGAAGCUCUCAUUCUUCAACACAGCGCACAACGCGGCUUACUAGCCAGAAAUCUCGCUCUGGCGCAGUGGGUCGAAUAUGCUAGAAUUCACCAGGAGCAUCCGCUGAGUUUCACGGUUUUUAAUAAAAUCGCGGUCGACUUGCUCAGGCCGAUGGACAGCGGACUGUUCUCCGCUGACGAAAUCAGACUCUUCUGGGAUGCCACCAAAAAAGUUCUGUAUUCAUGCUUAAAUAGUGUACGAAAAAUUCGAAGACUGAUCCUGGGGGACAGGAACGCUAUAAUGCAGUUAUCCGCUAUUUUAGGGAUAAUAUCAUCUAUAUCUUCUCUAAAAGUUCCCGAGGACACUGACCUCUUUCCGGCCAAGAUGUACUCUUGGUUUCCGGAACCUGAUGGUUCCAAGAUAGACGUACUUCAAAGUCUAGAAUACACGGUUACACAAGGCUGCGCCGAAUGGUUCGAGCAUAUACUAAACAAUAAUUCACCUGAAACUGAAUCGGACGAGGACGCGCUUAGAUAUCAUAAUAAAGUGAUUCAACUAGUUAGAGCAGAUUUACAAAAGGCCAUUGAUAAUUAUGACAAGCUAUUUAUAAAGAAAGUCAAUAUUCCGUACGCAAGAUUGCUGUACAUUGCAUAUGAGAAAAGAAUCAGCGAUAUGUGCAUGAUCGUCAUAGAAGAUGUGUGCGCUAGAUUGAAGCGAAUCGAAAUUGACAGUACUGCUGAUGCGGAGUUAAGCUUGGGCACAACAUUGUUCGAGCUUUAUCUUACACUUCAAAGAUAUGCAAUACUCGGUCAAGUACUUUGCGCUGAAGGGCAGCUACAGGACAUGAAAAUACAAAGUUACUAUGAUUGGUUCCGAGGCAGUGUUGGACAUUGGUUGGACAUUGCAGUAUACAAAGCGCUCAAACGUAUCGACAGAGCCGUCGAAUUUGAUACUUUGCAAGCGGUUGACAAUAGCGUGCAAUAUAGCUCGAGUGCUGUAGAUACGUUAACUAUCUUCUAUCAGAUCAAAGUAUUUUGGACUCAGCUAGCUUGGCCCGAUAUUGAAGGAUCGUAUACGUUCAUAGCAAAAAUCAUUGACGACAUUUGUAAAUGUUCCAUCGCAUACGCCGACAAGAUGGCGAAUAAGGCGGAAAUAACAACGGAAUUAGAACAACUCUCGCAAAGUAGCGUUUACGAGAAGAAGUUUACGAUAUCGACAGCUUGGUGCUUCGCCAUUAAUAACAUCGAUUAUAUCAGAACGUCAAUCGCACCGUUGGCCAACGAUCUAGGACUGCAAAAUAUUGUAAAAGCUCUAGGAGAAAUUAGGACACAAAAUGAGGCCGAUCGUUGUCGGCAGACUCUUCAGCUUAUCAUUGACAAUGCUGCUGAUACUGUGAGGAAUAAGAUCAUAGAGUUGUUGGAAGUCGUAGCUAAUAAAAUGGCCCCAGCGAUGAGCAGAUAUCUCAUGGAGGGCGCCGAAUUAAUCGAUACAACCAGCAACGCGAUGGAUCGUCUGCUGCAGUAUUUAGACAGCAAUCUAACCACUUUGCAUGAUAAUCUCAACGAGGAUAACUUUAAUAGAGUUCUCCUGGUGAUUUGGGAAAUCAUGUCGCAGACGCUGUAUGAGCUAGUCAAUAAUAAUUUAGAGAAACGACGACCGCCAGCAUUUUAUUCCAAUUUACAUCGCACCCUUCAUACACUCAUACGAUUCUUCAACUUCGGUGCCGAUGAGACCGUGAACGUCCAAGUUUUGGAAAAAAUUGAAAAUCUCUUAAAAUUGCACGGUCUUGAAACCGCCGAACUUAUACAUCGUUAUCAUCAAGAGCGUAUCGAGGAGCAGAACGAAAUAGAGGAACCUGUGUACGGUCUCAUCACCAUCAAGGCUUAUUUCAUCGAUAAUUCUUUGAACAUACAAGUUCUGAAUGCCAGGAAUCUCCGCUGUACAGAUAAUAAUGGCAAUUUUAUAGGCAAGCUGUCUACUCUCGAGCGUAAACUGCACUCAAAAUCUAAACAAAGAUUGAAAGAAGGGAAGACAAGCAAAUGCGAUUCCUACGUAAAGAUCAGGCUACUGCCUGAAGAAAAAUUCACCGAAAUCAAGCUGCCGAAGACGCACGUGCAGAAAGAAACGCUAUUCCCUCUUUUUGAUCAAACAUUCAACAUUCCUCUCACUCCGGAACAAAGAGCAAUAGAGGACGCUAUAGUGUCGUUUGAAGUCAAGGACAAGGAUUUCCUUCGAGCGAGAUUCAUGGCUGAAGCUUUCCUAUCAUUUAGUGAGAUUCCUGAUACUGAACCAGAAAAUGGCUUUGAAAGCUUAGAACAAGUUCACUUAAAACUUUCCCGUCCAACCAAAAAGAGUACAGACGUAAUUCACGCAUUAGAGCAUCGUAAAGGAGACAAUCAGGCGACAGACUUUAUUUCAAGACUUAAUACCAAAGCAAACUCCAAAUGACCUAUAUGCAACUUCGACGUGGACCUACGUUUCAAUAAUUUUCGAAAAUAUGCAAUACAAAAUAUGUUCAAAUUCAAGCAAUUCGGAUUAUAUAAAGCGUUUCAAAGUUAAUACACCAGCACUGCCUUGCAAGGAGCCGCUGUGAAUAUUUUCUUAACGAAAGUGCUUUAGAGCUGUCGCGCUGUCAUAAACUUCAUAGUGUAAUGCUCGCGAGUGUUUAAGGCUGUGUACAGUUUGAAUUGUUUUUUAUACUUCCGAGAGAAUUACAUAAUGUAUACCGCAUUUCGAAACUUUAAACGGAAAACUCUAAGGCUGAGUAAGUGCUACUUAUAAGCGAUAUACUUGUAUUUAUUGUAGAUAGAAGUUGAGUAGCUAUAUUAUACUCUUAGAUAUAUUUUUGACAAACUUAUACUGCGAUAUAAUGCAAGUUUAUAUUGUAUACGUGUACCUAAUAUUAUUAUGUUCGACGAGUAGAACAUAUGUACAUAGAUCCUAAUAAUAUUAGAGUGACAAAAUAACA